ACUUCUGAGUAAGGCCACUCGCCUUUCUAUGACUCGAAAUGCUGUAUGGGCUUUGUCGAAUCUGUGUCGUGGGAAGAAUCCACCACCCGAGUUUCCAAAAGUAUGUCCAUGCUUGCCUGUUCUCUCUCGCCUGCUGUUCCAUGCAGAUGCUGAUGUCUUGGCUGAUGCAUGCUGGGCACUUUCAUACCUGUCUGAUGGACCAAACGAUAAGAUUCAAGCUGUCAUUGAUGCAGGGGUUUGUAGGCGAUUGGUUGAACUUCUCAUGCACAACCAACCAAAUGUUGUAUCAGCAGCUCUGAGGGCUGUGGGCAACAUAGUAACUGGAGAUGAUGUGCAGACUCAGGUUAUUCUCAAUUGUUCAGCACUGCCUUGUCUGCUGCAUCUCUUAGCUUCACCCAAGGAAUCUAUUAGAAAAGAAGCUUGCUGGACAAUAUCUAAUAUUACAGCCGGAAACAGACAGCAGAUUCAGGUCUGGACAAGAUAGAAUUCCUGCAGUCACAUGAGAAUAUGGAAAUAUACCAGAAAGCAUUUGACAUCAUUGAGCAUUAUUUUGGAAGCGAGGAGGAAGAUUCUCAUGUGGCUCCAUCAGUAGAUCAGGAUGCACAGCAAUACCAGUUCAAUGCAGACCAGAGUGUUCCUAUGGGAGGAUUCCAGUUCUGAAUAGGCUGCCCAGCGUCUGGCCGCUUUAUGCCUAUGGGCUAGUCGCUGCUUACGUAGGAGAUCAAUUUGUCUGAGAAAAGACAAAAAGUACCCCUCAAGAAGAGGAAGUAUAAAGAAAUAUAUAUUAUCAGUAAUAAGAGAAAACUAAAAAAUGUUUGUAUAUAGAAUGGUCAAGAGGUUAUGAAAUGGUUACAGAUGUGCUUUUGUUUAAAGGUGACAACGUGAGUGCCGAAGAUAAAAACACAUAGGAUUCAAUAAAUUUGUCAUGCAUAAAAACACCAAAAUAAGUAAGAUGUGCUUGAAAUGAAAUUAAAAUUGUUCUUUCAGGUUUGUGAACUUAUAAACCAUAUCAAGAACUACAGUAAUGAAGCUUUCUGAAAAUACUAAUGCAGAUACACAAGAUAGGUAGAUAUACAGUCUCCUGUAAAAUAUAUGAUGGUGUUUAGUUUUCUCUUAUUUACAAACAGAACCUUGAUUAGGAAAAGUUUGCCUAUGCGGUUCAGUGUUUUAUGCAGUGUGAAUAAUUGUGAUCUUGCUUUAAGCAGGUUAAAGAAAUGUUCACUGAUUGUAAUUAGAAAACCAAGCAGACCUGUGAAUAAUUUCAUGAUGAUUUGGUUUGUUAUCAGUUUCCCUCCUCCUGUGUUUAAUCUGAGAUCUUGGAAGUGCUUGAUAACUUGCAUAAGAAGAAAGUUAUAACAUAGGUCAUCGGUUUAGAAACAAACAGUAACCAAACAUUUUAAGUUAAAAUCAGGUUUGAAUUCCUGUUUUCCACUCUUGAUAGAGUGGCUGUGAUUAGUGCUGUGUCUUGUCAUUGUACAUGAGAACUUUAGAAUGAUUAUCGAUACAGGGAGAUACCAAGGCAAUGACUUAUACUCUUGAUGUAGAAAAAAAUUCAUUUCUUUAUGAAGCCCUGCUAAGAAAGAAGACAGUAGGGUUAUUGGUGUGAACCUGUCCAGUUUAAACACUCUGGAAUGUUUAGAUUGUUUCCAAAUAAGAUCUGAUAGAAUUUAUAGAAUUUGAUAAAUGUGAUUUUCCUUUGAUUUGCCCAAAAUCAUAUCAUGUUAUGAUAACAUUUCUUUAAAGAAAAUCAAGAGUUGAAUCAAAUUAUUCUUCUAUCUAUACUGACUAGUGCAGGAUUCAUAGUGUUCCUUUGUUAAAUAUAUUUUUAUUCUUCUUGCUAGCUUCAGUCCCUUAAAAAUCGAGCACACUAUUGGUAUCAUGUCUUUUCCAUGAAAUAGUUUACAUUAUUUUUUUUUAACUACAAUACCCUGCUUAAUAGUUUACCACUGUGGAUCUUAAUCCUCAUCUCCCACUCAGAGGCCUGUGUUAGAUUGUAAUUUAAUUUUGACAUGGGUAACAAAACUUGAUAUUCUUGACUUCCAUUUCUGUUAUGUUAUUCAAAUGAUUUGUAAUACAGUUCAUUUAUGCAAUAUAAUAGACAAAUACAGUUUUUCUUACUACAACUUUCAGGUUAAGCAUAUGCAGGCAUAUGCUUCCAGAUGCUUUUUAUACACAGAUCUGCCACAGGCCUCUCCCUUUCCCUUGUACCUUAAACUCUAUGACAAAAAGAAAAGUGUAGGACUUUCUUGUGUGACCAAGACCUUGACUGUGCUGGAGCACAUACCAAAUUGAAGGCAUGUGGCAAAGCAAUGUCUCAUGCAACUUACUUGCAGGGGAUUUUGACGUGUUUGCUGCAGUUUAAGAGAAGGUAGCCAGAUAUUUACUAGUAAGGAGGUACUCAUAGGUGAGUACAGUAAUGAUUCAUUACAGUAAUUCACUGAAUGAAGAUUGAGUGAAUAUGCAAAAGCAAUAUGAAACCAAAACAAUUCUCCAUUUAACAUCUAGAGAUUUUUUAUUUGUACAUUAUUUUGAUACCACUUGGUGCUCUUAAGACUUCUUCUCUUUGUAUAUAGGAUACUUUGAAAUAUGAGAAGUUAAUCCAUCUUGUAAAGGUAAUUAGUGCAGAAGAAACAUUAUAUUUAUUACAUGGAUUUGACUGAUUUGAGGCUCAUUAUGUUUUGGAUUUUUAGUUCCCAACUUAUUAAUGGACCUCUCAGAUCCAGCGCUGAAGGAUCUUGAAGCUGUUGUGAAAAGGUAUUUUGCUAAUCUCAACUCUGACACAACAAUCAGACUAGAAUAAUCUGAAUCAAGACUGUUUCUCCUCUUACUUCUGUGACUGAAGACAAAGUGAAUAUACGGUAUUACUUAAUUACAUAUUGUAUGCAGUAUGUUUAAAAGUGGUACAUUAUCAAGAAGUUAUUGUGAAACUGGUUUUUUGUAACUUUUAAUAAAUUAAUCUGUGAUAUGUCUUAAUGUUUGGAAGUUUUCAUCAUCCCAAGAUGAAAACAGUGGAAUAUUCUUUGCCUCAAACAUACUGUCUACAAAUGGCCAGAAAUUGAAGGUAAUGUUAAUGAAAAUUUCAAUCCUAAUUUUUUGUAGUGAAGAAACAAAAUAGUGUUGUUUCUGAAAUUACACUCUUGUGGGAGUGUAAAUUACUGAAUUCAGUAAUUGCCUUUGAAAACAAAACUAGUCAAGUCAUCACCUCAUUAUAUAAAAGGAAUAAGAAUUUUAAUAAUAAUAUUUCUUGAGAUGUUGCUAGUGGUUUGUACUCCCAUAAAAUCUUCAUUAAAAUUAAAAUGAUAAGAAGAAAAUGGUAAAUCAAGAGAGCAAAUGUGUACACAGACAGUAAAUAUAUUGCUUCAAAUAAAGUGAAAAUGAAGUU